AUGUUACGGCGGCCCACACUGGACAGGCAUGAUGCUGUAUCCGUGGCCUCUUGGGAGAUGCUAAUAGGACCAACAGAUCAUGCCAGUGGUCCCUUUGCAGCAGAACUGGAUGUCAUAAACAGACGGAACCGCAGCCCCGGCCCAACCAGGAGAAAUGUCAAUCCGGAACCUGAUGUUAGGCGGAGGGACACCAGAGAAACUGGGGCCCAAAUCCAGCGCCCAUUCCCCUACUAUGGUGAACAGGGACUAAGCAGCUCCAGCCACCAUAGCCAACCCAACCUGCAGGAAGCAUACAGACCCAAACUGGCCAUAUUUGAUGGAAAUGAUGACUGGGACUCCUUCUUGCUGCCAUUUGAGCUCCAAGCCAGGAAAUAUGGAUGGACCGCUGCCGAAAGAGUUGACCGGCUGCAUGAGUGUUUGAGGGGAGCUGCAAUACGAUAUGUCUGCUCCCUGCCAGAACGAACUAGGGAAGAUUAUGUACUUCUUGUGGAGCAGCUCACUCAGUGCUUUGGGAAAAAGGAACCCCCUACCACAGUAAGGAGAAAGCUGGGAGAACUCCGACAAGGAAAAGAGACCUCAGCUGAGUUUGCAGAAGAGGUGCGGCGCCUCAUUACACUUGCAUACCCAGGUGUGGAUCUCCAGCUGCAAGACCAACUGGCAACCAACGCUUUCCUAAAGGGUCUGAGAAACCAAAAGGUGGCUUACGAAGUCAUGAACAGAGACCCACGCUCCCUUGCGGAGGCUCAACAGCGUGUCGAAGCUCAUGAACAUAACUUCAAAGCCACUAUAGGGCGCGAAACCGACAUAAAGAACAGAACUAGGCGCGUUUCUUGGGCCAGUGAUGCAGACGCCUGGGAGAAUGACACUGCUACUGCUCGCAGGGUGCAUACCCCUCAAUAUGUGACUGCAGAUCAGUUUGCUGCACUGACAGACCAAGUCAAAACCCUUGUUCAUACAGUAGGAAAGCUACAGCUGCAGUUUGAACACCUCCAGUCCACGUACAUGGGGUGUCAGCAACCGAGGGAGACCACACAACGUCCUUCAUCGCUUGAGAGGAAGCAGAACCAUCCUCAGGUACAGACCAGCCGGAUGCGUUCCCAGUCCCCGAGCCCAACUCGUGGAACAGCUGGCCCAUGCUUUAAAUGUGGAGAGCCAGGGCACUUCAGGAGAGAAUGCACAAAGUUGCCAACAUCGGAGAAUGCAUGCAGCUACGGUGAUAAAAACUCUGGUCGACUGUUGCAGGCGGAUGUGACACUCAAUUCAGAUCACCCACCACAAGGACCACAGAUUGGCUGCACCAAAAAUGAGGGUGAGAGUCUGCAGAUUCCUGUGACUGUAAAUGGCAUACCCACACAGGCUGUGGUAGAUACCGGAGCUCAGACAACUGUCGUCUCCGAGGAGCUGUACCGGAGUUUCUCAAGAGAUGUUUCAGACGACCUACAGGAUACUUACCUUCGUAAUGCAGGGUUAGCAGAGGGCAUGAUGGCAAAAAGGGGACUGAGGGUCACCUUUGAAAUCGCAUCCAAAACAAUCAACUGGGACGUGCACGUGGCCCCCAUACGUGAUUCUGUCCUCCUCGGAUAUGAUCUGAUGAAAGCCCACGACGUUGUCAUCCACGCCCGUGGCAGGGUCUUUAUUGGCAAUGAGCUGGUACCCUCAAAGGUGGUGAAAGAUGGAGCAGACUACUGUGUAGCCAGAGUGACUCUAGGAAAGACCACCAUCAUACCACCGACAUCGGAAUGUGUGGUGUGGGGUGAAGUGGAGAAUCCAAGGCCAGGUGUUCCAGCCGUACUAGAGCCUUUGAGCAUCACAGAAGCAGUAGCCUCUGGAAGUGUAGCCACCACCAUGGAGAAACGGAUACCAGUCAGGCUGUGCAACUUUUCCACCAGCAAAGCAGCGCUGCCAAAAGGAGCAUGUCUUGGUCUCCUAGUUGAAGCUUAUCCUGAGGAGCCAUCUUGUCCCCCUGAUCAGAGUGAAGGGCCGGGUAUGAGAAAUGAAACAGCUAGCGAACCACCACUGAUGGUCGAGAGAGUAGCAACCAUCGCUGAUCUUCCUGAACAUCUUCGAGAGCUGGUUGGCAUGACUAGUGAGGCGCUUACUGAGGAACAGCAACAGCGUUUCCUCCAGCUGAUGUUGACCUACCAGUCCCUCUUCGCCAAAAGUGACUCUGAUCUGGGUUACAUGUCCGCAGUCACACACAAGAUCGACACAGGAAAAGCCAAACCUGUGUGACAGCCGGUCUGGAGGACACCUCUGGGUUUUCAGAAGGAAGAGGAAAAGCAUCUUCACGCCAUGCUCAAAUCAGGUGUGGUGACCCCAUCCUCAUCCGAGUGGGCUUCUCCAGUCGUCUUGGUGCGCAAGAAGGAUGGAGGAGUGCGUUGGUGCGUAGACUACCGCUACCUUAACAAUCUGACAGUCAAAGAUGCGUACCCCUUGCCGAAGAUUGAAGAGUGUCUUGAUGUUCUCGGAGGAGCCACCAUGUUCUCAACACUCGAUCUUCAGUCUGGUUAUUGGCAGAUAGCUGUGGAUGCCAUAGACCGCGAGAAGACGGCGUUCAUCACCAAAUGGGGCCUUUAUGAGUACACCCGCAUGCCGUUCGGACUUUGCAAUGCCCCAAGCAUGUUCCAGAGGGCGAUGGAGUUUGUACUCAGGGGACUCCAGUGGGAAACAUUGCUAAUCUACCUGGAUGAUAUUAUUGUCCUCGGUAGAGGAGUGGAUGAAAGUCUGGAUCGGCUCACACAAGUCUUCAGCUGUCUCCACAACUACGGGUUGAAGCUGAAGCCAUCCAAGUGUUACUUGCUUCAGGAGGAAGUUCUCUUCCUGGGCCACCUUGUGAGUGGUGAUGGAAUUUGUCCAAACCCAGCACUGGUCAGAGAUGUACAGCUCUGGAUGCCCCCUGGUAAUGUGCAGGAGCUGCAAGCUUUCCUUGGGCUGUGUAACUACUACCGCAAGUUUGUUCCAGCAUUUGCAGAACUGGCAAGCCCCCUUCACCGCCUUCUAAAGAAAGAUGCCACAUUCAUGUGGACAGAUGAGCAUCAGGACGCUUUCAUACAGCUGAAAGACAAGCUGACAACUACACCAGUGCUGGGAUAUCCCACUGUUGGAGGCAAGUACAUUCUUGACACAGAUGCUUCAAACCACAGUAUUGGGGCUGUGCUGUCGCAACUGCAGUGGGGUGAAGAGCGAGUUCUCAUGUACGCCAGCAAUCACCUUACACCAGCUCAGCAGAGGUAUUGUGUCACCAGACGUGAGCUGCUGGCUGUCAUCCGUUUUACCAGACAGUUCCGCCACUACCUUCUGGGUAGGAAGUUCCUGUUGAGGACAGAUCAUGGCAGCCUCACCUGGCUCUUCCGGUUCAAGUGCCCUGAAGGCCAGUUAGCUCGCUGGUUGGAGGAGUUGAGUCAAUAUGACUUCAACAUUGAGCAUCGAGCAGGGCGACAACAUUGAAAUGCAGAUGCCAUGUCAAGACAAACCAGAGAGCAGUCAAGUGAUUGUGACUGCUACCAAGCAGGGAAGAACCUGUCUGACCUGCCAUGUCAAGGAUGCAAGUUUUGCCAAAGACUACAUGAGCAGUGGGCCUGGUUUGAAAAUGAUGUGGAUGAUGUGGUGCCCCUAGCAGUAAGGUGUAUCCAGGUGGGCAGCGAGACCUGUAGUGAUGUAACUCAGCCGAGGGAAUCCGGCCAGCCACCUGCACCUGUCCUGCCGACCCCAAUGGUUAACUGGCUGGAAUCAGUCAGCUUGGAGGAGCAAGCCAAACUCCAAAAAGCUGAGCCUGUCCUUUCCAUCAUUCACAAGUGGAAAGAAUCCGCCACACUUCCCACUAAAGAGCAAGUGUCACUCGAGAGCCCUGCAGUGAGGAAGUUCUGGCUUUGCUGGCCCCAGGUCGUGUUGCAGCAGGGAGUUCUCCAUUAUUCUUGGGAGAGAAUAGGAGCUCAGCGUCCAGCCUUAUUGCUGCUAGUCCCCACAUCUAUGCGACAGGAGAUUCUUCGAGCUUGCCAUGACCCCCCACACUCUGGUCACCUAGGAGAGGUAAAAACCCUCGCGCGCCUACGCCUGAACUACCACUGGUACGGAAUGCGUGAAGAUGUCCACCUAUUCAUAAAGAGAUGCUGGCACUGCAAUGCCUGUAAGCUUAAAGGACAGGUGGGGAAGGCAAAGCUGCAAAGUUACCAAGCUGGAGCACCUCUGGACCGUCUCCACUUAGACAUUCUGGGUCCCUUCCCAGUCUCCGGCUGUGGAAACAAAUACAUCCUCGUCAUCAUGGAUCAGUUUACCAGAUGGGUCGAAGCCUUUCCUAUUCCAGACCAAGGAGCAGAAACAACGGCAAGGAGGCUUGUGUACGACUUCAUUGCCAGGUUUGCCCCCCUUGAGCUGCACACUGACCAAGGGCGCAAUUUUGAGAGCUCCCUGUUUCAGAAUGUGUGCAAGCUCCUGCAGAUUACCAAGACAAGAACCACUCCGUAUCACCCUGCUUCCAACGGGCAAGUAGAGCGGUUCAACAGAACCUUGCUACAGAUGAUUCGGUGUUAUGUGGACCAGAACCAGAAAAACUGGGAUGAACAUCUGCCAUUACUCACCUCAGCCUACCGCAGCUCACAACACGCCGUCACAGGGUUCACGCCUAACAGACUGAUGCUUGGAAGGGAAGUUCAUCAGCCUCAGGACAUCCAGUGUAGAGUGGCGACGCUAACAUCUGACCGGACGGGAGUGGCAGAUUUCCUCUACAACCUGGAGGAAGGACUCAGACAGACACAGAAUACCGCGAGAGAGAAUCUCCGCUCAGCGCAGGAACGUCAGAGGAAGACAUAUGAUGUUCGAGCACGAGAACAUUACUACAGCGUUGGAGAUCUAGUCUACGUAAAGGACGACACUAAAAAGAAAGGAUGGCGCCCCAAGCUUCAAGCGCCUUGGCAAGGUCCCCUCAUCGUUUCUGCACAUCGUAGUCCAGUCCUCUAUGAGAUCCAGGGCAGGAAACGUAGCAAGAUAAUGCAUCAUGAUCGGCUUAAGCCAUACGACAUUGACGUGGGAGUACAGAAAGACCUGAUGGCUUGUGUUCGGCAACUUGGGAUUCCCACAUGGUUUUGUUCAUUCUCUUCCGCGGACCUGAGAUGGCAAAACCUUCUUAAAACAAUUUUAAAACAGGAAGGUCGAACACAGACAUUCGAAGAGUUAGAGUGGACUGAUAGAUGCGAUCUGUUGCGUCGUAAUCCUGUCACUGCCGCCAGAAUGUUUGAUUUCCGCUGGCACUGUUUUCUGAAGGAGGUCCUUAUGUCUCCUUCAAAUCCCAUAGGAAAAAUUAUUGAUUACUUUUAUCGGGUGGAGUUUCAGUGUCGCGGGAGUCCUCAUGUGCACUGUCUUUUCUGGAUUGAAAAUGCGCCUAAAAUUAAUACGAACACUGACGAAGAAGUGGUAGCUUUUAUUGAUAAGUAUGUAACAUCUGAGCUACCAGCACAGGAUGAGACCUUAUUGGAGAUGGUCACAUCUGUGCAGCAACAUUCAAAGAGGCAUUCAAAAAGUUGUAAGAAAGGUGGCACUGACUGUCGCUUUAAUUUUCCCAGACCAGUGUCAGGUAGGACAUUUCUUGUUAAUGUUCAUUUGAAUACUACAAAUGAGUGUGAUAAAUGUAAGAAUAGGUUCGAUCAAAAAUACGAAGGAAAACAGUGCACAUGUGGAAAUGAGUACUACUAUAAUCUGCUAAAGGUUGAUAAGGAUUUGGCAGUACACACUCUGGAGUCAGUGAAAAAGGCGUUAAAAGAUGAGAACAAGACGUUUAAUAGUUUAGAUGAGUUGUUUCAUAGUUUAAAUAUCAAUCAGCAAAUAUUUGAAAUAUGUUACAAACGUCUAAAUAUGAAUAAAACCCAAAUUGUAUAUAAAAGAGACAUUAACGAAGCAUGGAUUAAUCCAUACAACAAGUCUCUAUUAAAAUGCUGGAAUGCAAAUUUAGAUAUUCAAUUUGUGACAGACGCGUACGCCGUUAUAGUAUAUAUUAUUUCAUACAUUAGCAAAUCAGAAAAAGAGGUAGGAUUGUUGCUUAGUAAAGCUCAUAAAGAAGCAACAAAAGAUGACAACGUCAGUGCAAAAGAGGCACUGAAACAAAUUGGCAGCGUUUAUCUAAACAGUCGCGACGUGUCUGCUCAAGAAGCAGUUUAUAGAUUAACAGGAAUGCAUUUGAAAGAGAAUUCGCGUAAAGUAGAGUUUAUACCAACAGGGGACAAAAUAGUUAAAAUGAGUAAACCAAUUAGUGUAAUCCAAGAAAGUGGGCUAACUGGAGAUGAUGUGUGGAUGGUUAGUAUCGUAGACCGUUAUAAAAGUAGGCCUAAUAAUAGCACUUUUAAUGACAUGUGCAUAGCAACGUUUGUGUCUGAAUAUCGUCUUUUAAACCGAAAUGAAAAGUCAAAGAAUGCGAUUCAAUUGCAAGGGGGAUUAGGGUUUAUUCUUAAAAGAACGCGAACAAAACCCGCUGUAGUUCGUUAUGCGCGCUUUUCAAAAACAAAAAACCCCGAAUUAUAUCAUAAAAGUCAGUUACAGUUGUUUUUGCCGUACCGCGUAGAAGAUGACUUAAAAGCUGCUGAUUGCGAAACGUUUGAACAAUUUUAUGAAAAUGGUUCCGUGAUCUUUAGUGAUGGAUCAGAACACACGGUGAAAUCUGUCGUCGAUACGAAUAGGAACAAAUUUGAGGUAGAAGAUUCUGAAGAAUUAGAAGAGCUGCAAAAGAAACUUGAAAAUGAGGGUGGCCCUGAAGUUGCCUGGGGAAAUCUGUGCCCCGAAAAAGAAGUAGAGCGUUUAGAGUGUGAAGAAGAAAUUAGAGAAAAAGAACAGACACCUGCGGAAGAUGCAGAAGAAAUAGGUCGGGAACUCGUAGAUAACAUUCCAGAUUUGGCUGUUAGGAAUGAUCAGGUGUGUCAAUUAGAAAAGAACAAUAAUGUAAUGAGUAGGCGUGAGGGCUUAGAAUUAAUUAGAUCUCUGAAUGAGAUGCAGCUGUCAGUCUUCUAUAAAAUCCGUAACUGGUGUUUGGAUAAAGUCAAUGGUAGAAACCCAGAACCCCUCCAUGUGUUUAUAUCUGGAGGAGCUGGAGUUGGAAAGAGCUACCUAGUUAAAGCGAUUCAAUACGAGGCCACAAGGUUAUUGUCACCAAGUUGUCAGAAUCCAGAUAACAUUUGUGUUUUAUUAACGGCUCCGACCGGAAUAGCUGCUUAUAAUUUAAAGGCAGCGACUAUCCACAGUACAUUUGGCAUUGGCAAAGACGUGAGCCUACCUUACACACCUUUGAGUGAGGAAAAGCUCAAUUCUUUGCGUGUUAAAUAUAGUGAUGUGCAGAUAGUCAUAAUUGAUGAAAUCUCCAUGGUCAAUCAUAAUCUAUUGGCUUAUGUCCAUGGCAGAUUAAGACAAAUCAAACAAACUGGUGACUAUAACCCUUUCGGUAAUGUCAGCAUAAUCGCAGUCGGAGAUUUUUAUCAGUUGCCCCCAGUAAAGGGAAAAGCAUUGUAUGUACAAGACGUCCAAAUGAACUUGUGGUCUAGUUUAUUUCAGCUUGUGGAGUUAAAAACAAUCGUUAGGCAAAAAGAUAAAGAGUUUGCGCAAAUAUUAAAUAGAAUGCGAACACAUAAAAAAGGUACGCCAAUGUUAGCUGACGAUAUAAACGUCUUAAAACGGUGUGAAACAGGUGAAGAGAGCACAGCCUUACACAUCUUUGCUACAAAUUCCCAGGUUAAUGAAUAUAAUGAGGAACAGUUAAUCAGCAUAUGUCCUGACCACAUAGUUAUAACUGCACAGGACUUUGGUUACAAUAAAAAAACUGGUAAAUUAGAGUUAAAGCCAGAUCAUCAUAUUAGGGCCAAGAAAACAGCUUUACAAAAGGAGCUGUUAUUGGGAAAAAAUGCUCGAGUCAUGUUGUCUCAAAACAUCGAUGUAAAUGACGGUUUAGUAAAUGGUGUAUGUGGCACAGUGAUAUACAUAGAACAGCCUGAUAAUAUGUUUCCUCUCAGGGUAUAUGUUAAAUUUGAUGAUGAUAAGGUAGGCAUAAAGAAGAAGAAACAAACCAUUUAUCCAUCAGCAGAGUUAAAGGGUUCAGUACCAAUUGAACCUCAGGAAGAGAGAGCCAAUAAAAAAGGCCUGAGACGACAGUUUCCUUUAAAGUUAGCUUGGGCCUGUACUGUACACAAAGUACAGGGCCUUACAGUAGAUAGUGCUGUUGUCUCUUUAGCUAAGAUCUUUGCACCAGGACAGGCAUAUGUGGCAUUAAGUAGAGUUAGAAGCCUGUCUGGUUUAAUUAUUCAAGAGUUUAAAGAGAAGGCUGUUUAUUGUAAUGACAGCAUUAAACAGGCGAUUGCUAAUAUGCCACCAUUUAUAACUGAAAGCCACACAGUAGUAAAAGAGUGUUUUAGAAUAUUUCUAAUGAAUGUUCAAAGUUUAAAUCGCCAUGUCUCAGAUUUGGCCCACUGUGCACAGCAUUUGCAGCCUAACUGUAUUGCUGUGACAGAGACAUGGAUACCUGCUGAUGUUAGCUUAGAUUCUGUAGAAAUCACUGGUUAUAGGUUUAGUAAUGCACCACGUAGUUUAGCCUAUCAUAGCGAUAAUCCAGUGUUAAUGUCCCUUAAAGGCCAACAACAUGGUGGCGUUGGCAUGUACUGUGACAGUAAUGUAGAAUUUGAAAGUGUCACAGUAGCAGGUUUAAAUAUAGAGUGUUUAGCUGUAAAAUGUGUCACAUACAACAUUUUAAUAGCAGCCAUUUACAGGCCACCAUCAUAUCCUGUGUCUCUCUUUUUUAGGCAUUUUGAAGAGUUGUUAAAUGUGUUAGAGUCACAAAGUGGAACCAUUGUUGUUUUGGGUGAUUUCAAUGAGGACAUUUUGAAGUCCUCAACAAUUUGUCAGAAAAUGACAGACAGAGGAUAUGAGCAACAUGUAUCGACAGCCACUACAGAGAAAGGCACCUUAAUUGAUCAUGUUUACGUUAAAAAUAGUAAUUAUAUUGUAGAAGCGCUAGUGGUGCCUACAUAUUUUAGUGAUCAUGAGGGCAUUAUAUGUUCUUUUAAGUAAGACAGCCCGAAAUGUAUUAAAUGUGCUGCUCUUCACCUGAGUUCCC